UCUGAAUGAACCAGGAACUACCAGGAGGCCACGCGACAUACAAGGCGCUAGUAGACUUACAAUCUUAAAAAACUUUACAACAAUUAACGCUAAUGGAAAUCUACCACCCUCUUCCUUGAAUCUGAGAUUUGGAAUAACAUUAUGCUGUCUCCGUGGAGUUUCCUCAAGCGUCACAAAAAGAAGUUCCUCUUCACCGGAGUGCUCGUUGGAGGAGGAUACCUACUGAGUAAAUAUGCCCAAAGAAAGUUGCAGGAAUUUCAGGAAAAAGAGGCUACAGAAUACAUUACUCAAGCCAGACGGCAGUAUCACUUUGAGAGUAACCAGAGGACAUGCAACAUGACUGUUCUGUCUAUGCUGCCAUCUCUAAAAGAAGCCAUUAUUAUCCGCUUAGAUUCAGAGAGCCUUACGUCGUUGCUGAAGACGAGGCCAGCUAACAAGUUUGAAAUCUGGGAGGACCUGAAAAUAAUCAGUUUUGCCAGGAGUGUAGUAGCUGUGUACAGUACGUGCAUGUUGGUUGUUCUACUACGAGUUCAGCUCAACAUCAUUGGUGGUUACCUGUACUUGGAUAACUCCGUGAAUAAAACUGGAACGGUCCCAUUUGCACCACCUGAAGUUCAACAACAGUACUUGUCCAGUAUUCAGCAUCUUCUUGGAGAUGGGCUGAAUGAGUUGAUGACUGUAGUGAAAAAAGCAGUACAAGAUGUGAUGGGAGGCAUGUCUCUGAAGCAGAACCUGUCACUGCAGGAGUUGGACCAGCAACUAGAGAGCAUCAGACAACGUGUAGAGGAGGGCUUCGGAACAGCAUCACACAAGCCUCUCUCCUGGUAUUUGAUGCCAGACGAGGAGAAUACACUUGAGGCUCAGGUGUGUGGUUCGAAUGGGAAUGAUGACCUGACUCUGAAGCUGCUGAAUGAAACUAGAGACAUGUUGGAGACCCCUGACUUCAACAUGGUACUCAACACUUGUCUGCGCAGAGGGUUCAGUCGCUUCCUUGAUAACAUGGCAGAGUUCUUUCACCUGCCACAGGGAUGUGCCACAUCUCUAGAAGUAUCUGGAAAUCUCUCACUUGAACGUCUUCCACUUGCCAAAAUCAUCCCCAUUGUCAACGGACAGAUUCAUUCAAUAUGUAGUGAAAUACCCAGUCAUUUUGUCCAGGACCUCCUGUUGAUUGACCAGGUGAAGAAAUUUGCAGCUAAUGUUUAUGAGACAUUCAGCAGUCCACAAGAACUUCAACAAUGAUUUAUGAUUUGGACUUUGGUUCAGUCAGUCCUAACUGUGUUCCAUGUUCAAUUGACUGGCCAUACAUGGAAUGUGAAAUUAUUGUGUUCUUAUUUUUCCUGCAUGGAGAUUUGAAGAAAUGUUGUGGGUGAAGUAGUCUAAUCAAGUAUGGUCUCCAGGUUCUAACAAAAUCAGAUCACACUUGAAUGUGAGGCUAGUUGUAUAGUUAUUUGGCCAAAACAUUGUUGACAAGUAUAGUGUGUUGUAUGAUUUGUAAACAAACGGAAUGUGUUUUGAACAUACACCAUGCUUUGCAAGUAUGUACCACAGCCAUCAAAUAAAUGUCACUUGUGAAUCUCAUAUUAUAAUAUCAUUACUUGUAGAAUUUAUUAAUUAUUCCUUUGACAGCAUGUUUUCUUUCAGCAAGGUGAAGAUGUAGUCCUACAUAACAUUGUUAUUGUUGAGACUAUGACUUAUUUUUAUUGUCACUGUUUAGAAACAAAGGACAUUUUGUGUGCAGAAAUUAUAGGAAUGGGUCUAUUAGAAUCAGGGAUAUUUGGUGAUAUAACAGUUUUCAUAAGCUCUUUCUAUCUAGACCUUAAAAUGUGCUGUAUGUAUGUACGUACAUUUAGGUAUUGUAUUUGGCUUUAAUGGCAUGGUUUAAUUAUGUUAACAUUACUUUAACACUAAAUAGUCUAAUUUAAAUGGUACUGUCAUGUUUCAAAGUUACUGUUUUCACAGAAUAGUUUAUAUUGUUUCUGGACUGUAAUUCAGUCUUCUGCAUUACAGAUAUAUCACAUUGUAAUAAACAAAUCAUGGGGAAAUCUAACUGGUUAAAAGCAUAAUGUGCAGGUAUUUUUGAUGUUAUUCCCCCAAAUAAAGAUGCAUU